AUGGAUAGGAGAAAGGUAUGUGUAUUGGUUGCUUUCUUUGUUGUGUUACUAUGCAUGGAAGCCAUUGUUGUCCAGGCCCAGGCUGCUAACAAUAUCGAUAAGAACGAUGAUAAUGGCAACAAAGGUGACAAUAAGGGCAAAGGUAAUGGCGAUAACAAUGGCAACAAAGGUGAUAAUAAGGGCAAAGGUGGCGACCAUGACGACAAAGGUGACAAAAAUGGAAAGGGUGACAAAAACGGCAAAGGUGGCGACAAUGGAAAAGAUAAUGGGAAAGACAAGGGUAAAGAUGAGUCAACCAAGUACACAAUGUUGUCGCCAGUGGAGACCGGACAAGAACGAGCUUUCUGUGAAGCGAAAGGAUCAUGUAACUACAAGACACUGACUUGUCCGUCUGAGUGUCCUCGGAGAAAACCUAAGAAGAACAAGAAGAGCAAAGGAUGCUUCGUUGAUUGCAGCAGCAAGUGUGAGGCUACUUGCAAAUGGAGAAAAACCAACUGCAAUGGUUAUGGUUCUCUCUGUUACGAUCCAAGAUUCGUAGGUGGAGAUGGUGUGAUGUUCUACUUCCAUGGAUCAAAGGGAGGAAACUUCGCCGUUGUCUCAGACAACAACCUACAAAUCAAUGCUCAUCUCAUUGGGACCAGGCCGCAAGGAAGAAGUAGGGAUUUCACGUGGGUGCAAGCCUUGUCUGUCAUGUAUGAUUCUCAGAGUCUUGUCGUUGCAGCAAAAAGAGUUUCCGUCUGGGAUGAUGCUGUUGAUGCCUUCACUGUAAAAUUCGACGGCAUAGACGUAGACAUCCCAGUAGAUGGAGAAGCUGAAUGGAGGAAAGAAGAUAGUGACAGAGAGGUGAUUAUUGAAAGAACAGAUGACACAAAUAAUCUCAGAAUCUCAGUUUCUGGGAUUGUUGAGAUUAAUGUAAAGGUAAGACCUAUUGGAAAAGAAGAGAACAGAACACAUAAUUACCAGUUACCAGACAAUGAUGUUUUUGCUCAUCUGGAGAUGCAGUUCACGUUCAAGAACUUGACAGAUCUUGUCGAAGGAGUUUUGGGCAAGACUUAUCAACCGGGAUAUAUCAGUCCGGUGAAAAUUGGAGUUCCAAUGCCAAUGAUGGGUGGAGAAGACAAAUACCAGACUCCAUCACUCCUAUCACCUCUCUGUAGGGUUUGCAGGUUUGAGGGAAAAUCCUGGUUUGCUGAUAUGUGA